CAUUUGACACAACGAUCAUUCUUGAACAUUUUUCUUUCAUUCGCAGAACUCAGCGAGUGCAUUACACCGACUGGUUUUGGACACUAUGAAAACGACACAAAUUGCCCAGUACGCCCUUAGACUAACAUAUUCGCAGCCAGCGAAUCGCGAGAAGAUGAUGACCAGGUCAGCUCUCGCCCUGGCCGCGAUCGGUCUAGGGCUCUCCACCUUCAGCGUCCGCCAAAUGAUCCUCCACCAGUCCAGGCGGAUCUAACCUGGAACCCACCGCUCCAGGCGUCUGGAAUAUUCCAGCCAUGCUAAGAUUAAAAUAUCAACAAUCUUGGUUAAUAUGUUUUAGACUUCGAUUCCCACGUUGAAAUAUGCCGAGCGUAGGGAACACCGCUUAGUUUUUUUGACGUAUUUAUUUUAUUAUGUAAUGUCCAAUCGGGUACAGUCAAAAAACAGCAAAAGCAUUAUGUGAGGAAAAAAAUAGUAAUUUAUUUUUUGAAUUUUUAUUUCUGUGUGCGAAUCCACCUUUAGAUGAGUAAAUUUAAGAUAAGUGCGUAUUGGGUGGUUAAAAGUGAUAAGUAUGGGACUAUGUGCGUGCGGAAUGCCUAAACGUAUGUAUUGUGAUGAAAGCCAAAUAAAAAUAGCAAUUAAUCAUA